AUGAUCAGCCCACUUUUACUUUCUCUCCUUGCAACUGCAGCCAUUGCGGCACCACAACAUCCAGUUGCCAAGUGCCGCUGUCGCCCCAGUGACAACUGUUGGCCUUCCACGAAGGAGUGGUCAGCUUUAAACAAGACCAUUAACGGCAAUCUGGUAGCAGUCCGUCCUGUCGCGUCGGUCUGUCACCAGGCCGAGUACAAUGCCGAUGCCUGCAAAGUCGUCACCGAUAAUUGGAAGGACUCUGUCUGGCGUUCCUCGCAACCAGGUGCUGGUCAAUGGGAGAAUUGGGAAGCCUGGCCAGAUCGUAACGAGUCUUGCUAUAUCGAGUCUGCCCAAGAUACUGUCUGUGGACAAGGCCGGAUCUCGCUAUACUCUGCGAUAGCUCAAAGUGCUUCUGAUAUUCAGCAUGCGGUUCGAUUUGCCAGCCGGAAUAACCUUCGUCUGGCUAUCAAGAAUACUGGCCAUGAUUUCUUGGGACGAUCUACGGCUCCUCAGUCGUUGCAGAUUCUCACGCAUAACAUGAAGGAUAUCAAGAUCGUGGAUGAUUUUGUUCCGAAGGGUUCGUCGAAGAGUGAGGGGCCUGCGAUUACGAUUGGUGCUGGUGUACAGCUUCCAGAGUUGUAUCAGGCGGUUGCCAAGCGCAAUCGGACGGUGAUCGCUGGUUCCUCACAUACCGUGGGUGCCGCUGGAGGGUAUAUUCAGGGUGGUGGACACUCGCCAUUUGGUCAUUGGAAGGGUCUUGCGUCAGACAAUGCAUUGGAGUUCCAGGUGGUUACUGCCGAUGGCACUCUCCUCACCGCAAACUCACACCAAAACAAAGACCUCUUCUGGGCCCUUCGGGGAGGUGGCGGUGGAACCUUUGGCGUGGUCACCAGCGUCACCCUGCGCACAUUUGAAGAAGUACCCGUCGUCGUGUACAACUUCAACAUCACUACUGUCGCUGGCGACCCUCGCUUCUGGGACGCAUUCGCCGAAUGGCAUGCCGCACUCCCAUCCAUCAACGAUGGCGGCGGCUCUGGUUAUUACUUCGGUCUCCCGAAUAUGCCUGUCAGUGCUACUUUCAGCGUGUCAACCAUCAUCUCCCUUAUGAUGUUCCCCGAAAAGACAAGUAUCGCCGAAGUCGACACCUUAUACCAGCCACUAGCCGCGAAGCUACAACAGAUUGGCGGAGUUCAAAUCGCGAAUGCAUCCAUUCCCUUCCCAACUAUGAGCUCGACCAUCUUCACUAUGCUUAUCGGCGGAACAUCCGAUAGCACCGGAGGAACCUCAAUGCUGGCAUCCCGACUGUAUUCCAAAGACCUCAUGUUAUCUCCAGAUGGUCCCGGCCGUCUAGCCAAUGCUUUCAAGAGCAUCAAGUGGAAUCCUUUCUCCGAGUUCAUCGGCCAUGUAGUCGCGGGUGGUGCCGUUGCAGCCAACGGUGCCACUGUCGACAGUGCCGUCAACCCAGCCUGGCGCAAGGCCAUAUCGCACCUUCUCUUCUCCCGAACAUGGACGGCUGGUACCACUCCGGCUGACCAGGCGGCAAUCAUCAAGAAUAUGACUGAUGUGGAGAUUCCCAUUCUGCGGUCCGUUGAGGGCGAGAAUCAGAUGGGUGCUUAUUUGAAUGAGGCUAAUGGGUAUGAGCCUGGCUUCCAGGCUGCGUUCUGGGGGGCCAAUUAUCCGCGUCUGUAUAGUAUUAAGCAGAAGUGGGAUCCUAAGGGGCUUUUCAUUUCUCGCAAAGGGGUUGGGAGUGAGGACUGGGAUGAUGCGGGCUUGUGUCGUACUUCACCCAAGUAG